AUGCUGGUGCCCCAUGUCAAUGCGAUGUCGUCAGGCAUCUCAUUUCGGGCUCUGCCACAAGCCUCGCUCCGCCAAGUUGUCCGUAGCUGCCGGAGAGCCGAGGCCAAGGCGGCAGCACUGGCCGGGCCAGCGAGCCGGGCCAAGCGGCUGCUGUUUGAUCUGACUCGGGAAAUUCGAGCCAUGCUCGAUCCGCUGCUGGAUGCAGAUGAAGCUCUGCGUGCCGAGGUGUCCCGCACUGCUGCGGCCCUUGAUGACUGGCGCGCGGUCUUGACUCCCGAUGCCUACUCGCGCGCCGAGGCUGCGGUCCUCCAACGCCUCCUCCACGCACUGCCGGGAAAGCACACAACUGCGCACGCGCACUUGACUUCUGGCAAGGCUCUGCGCGAGCGGGAAAAGUGCACAGUCGUCGAUGCUGUGACUCCUGAUCUGGUGCGGGCACUGCUCAAGACCGGUGCACGCCGUGUGGCGCAACUGGAGCUGGCGCUGUCACGGCUAGAGGACGAGUCGGCGGAUGCACUGCGGCAGAUGGAGGACGAGCUGGAUGCGCAGCAGGACAAGGCCCAACGUGGCGCGGCACGCCAGGACUCGAUCGCUGCCGCACACUACGAGGCCGAGAUGGACGAGCUGCGGGCGGCGCUGUCGCGAGCCAGUAACGAGCGCGAGGUCACCGCCUCGCGACUUGCUGAUGCCGAGCGCUACAUUGCCACACUAGAAAAGACGUGCGCCGAUCAAGUCGACCAGCUGACAGCACUUCAGUCGCAUGCUACGCAGCUGGCUGGCGAGCUGGCUGGCAUCGAGCGAUCGCACGCCACUGUCGACGGCAAGUACGCCCGCGCUGUCAUCGCCAACGACGAAAUGCGAUCCAAGCUUGUCGAGUACGAGGGCAUCAUGUGUGAUGUCGAGGCCGAGCUUUUGACGCCUGCGCCCGCACCCGUCUUGGGUCCCGCCCUGCAUCCAGGCCCAGCCUCGAGCCUCCCGUCGCACCCCGAGCAGCCAUUUACCGGUCAUCGCCACGUUGCCGACGUGCCUCACCGUUUGCAUGAGCAGUCGCUGGAGCAUGCCGCCAACAGUGUCUCCUUUGAUAUUGCUCCACCGCCGGAAGUGGCGGUGGAGGCGCAGCGUCAGGCCGCGGCGAACGAGGUCUCCGGGAGUCAGGCUCCAGUUGUAUACCGCGGCAGCGCGUCGGCGAUGUCGACACCUUAUCAGGAAGCGACGCCGCGCCCUGUGUCACCGCCCCAAGCCCGCGCUGAUACGGCGGCAACUGAAAUCUUACAUCGCGGCAGUGCGUCGUCGUUGUCGCCGACUCCCGCGGUGGUAGAGUCUGCAACGUCGCCGAAUCGAACGCCCGCGGCACGGAUCGCCGCGGCCAACGCGCAGGUUGCGGCGGUGAUGUCGUUCGAGGUAGCGACACCGGGACAAAGCGGGCUUGCCAGCGGUAGUAGCAGCCGCUUUGACGUUCCCAAGGCGACAUCGGUUUCGGCGGUGCUCAAGCGACUCCAGGAGGCGGACCGAAUCCUGACGGUGCCUGAGGAGGCCGCGCAUCGGGCAGCAGCCCAACUUGACGACGAUGAGCACCGUCGAGCCGGUGCCGCACCGGCAGUCCCUGUCUACCGCGACAUUGCAGCCGCCCUGGGCGUCAAGCUGCCACCUCCACGGCAUCCAGGCCGGCUGGCGACUGGACGAUCGCCGCGCAUCGGCCCAGCGACCACCUUUGCCGAGUACGAGGCUCGUCGACAGGGUCAACAUGCCUCACCGCGCACCCCAUCGUCAGCGCUCCGGCCGCGAUCGAUCUCGAUCACUGAAGAUCGCACCAGCCGUGCGGUGUAUGUGGGCAACGUGUCCGCGGGAGCGACGGAAAAGGCAGUCCGUGACUUCUUUGCCUUUUGUGGUGCCAUGGAUCAGUUUCAUCUCGAACCGGUGGAUGGUGGCGAUGGCGUUCAGCACGCGGUGGUGGUCUUUGCCGCGCCCUCGGCUUGGCAGACAGCGCUCCUCCUCACAAACGCCCGCAUCGGGGACUCGGCCAUUGCUGUCACUGCCUAUCAGGCUGCCUUUCCCGACGCUGCUCCGGCAGAGACUGAGCCUGCCGAUCCGCCGCCGACGGAUGCGUCGUCGCCGGCUGAUGAGGCUCCGCCAGCCGGCGACUCGCAGCCAGGCACGUCUGUGGCGCAGGAGGCCAAGUCGAAAACUGCCAUCAUGGCCGAGCUUACGGCCUCGGGCUACAUGCUCGGCGCCAACACCCUGGGCCGCGCACGGGCCUUUGAUGAGGAGCACUUCAACCUCGGCCUCCGGAUGCAGCUCGGCGUUGAGAUGGCCAAGGAAAAGGUGGCCAAGGUCGACAAGGCCCUCGGCAUCUCGUCAACCGUCGGCGCUGCCACCCAAACCGCGUCGGCUGCCGCUAAGGCUGUCGACUCGAAGCUCGGCGUCUCGUCGACCGUCUCCAAGGCCGCCGAUGUCACCGUCGGCGCCGCCUCUGCCGUCGGCCAGACGGCCAUGGCCGUUCCGGGAGUUCGCUCCGGCGUUGACCUGCUGGUUGGCGUCACCCAGGCCAUUGGCGCCACCAUGACCUCGUACUCGGCGGCGACCGCCAACGAGGUUGCCCGCCGCCGCUCCGCUGCCAACCCUGCAGCAGGCGUCACAAGCACCAACACCGACGCCAACGACGACGACGACGACAACGACAAUGACGACAACGGUCCCCCGCCACCGUCUCAGGCUAUCUACGGUUGA